AUGGCGGGUGAUAAAAGAAACCCUGACUCCCGCGAGUCAGCACAGCCAUCUGCGGCGGCGGGAAAUGAAACUCCGACCUCUGAGAUAGCAUCUCCAAUGAGAUCCUCUGUACCAGGGCGGAGAACAUACGGUACACUCGAGACCUCUUCCUUCGAGGCAACCUAUCCUGAAUCGCGUGAUAAUGGCCAAGAAGAAUCUUCAAGUCGCGCAUUCACAACCCAAUCGUCCGCAUCCCCCGAUAAACCACGGAAACCUUCGUUGUCGCGCCGCAUGACUUCUUCCAAGCGUCCCGCGAAGGGACGAGAUUUCUCGACGGAUGACGCUGCCAAUGAGGUCAAACAAUAUAUGAAUAUGAAGCAAUCGGGCGGCACGUCUCCGAGAAUGCGUCCGCUGAGAAGACAAAGUUCAACGCUGAAACGCCGUCCUAGUACUCGACCCAGCCCCUUGGCGAGGGCUGAUUCGGAGGGCUACAACAACCCAGACGAGACGGGCCUACCUGACCCUAGUCUGGACUUCGACACCGACGCCGACACCAUGCAACGCUAUGAGAACAGCGGGGAUGACAGCGAAGAGGACGAAAUUGAUUCGGAGGAAGAUGGUGCUGUAAGUGAUGCCGAGAGCUACACGCUUAAAGCGCGCCAGCAAGCUAUCAACCGCACGCAUCCAUUUGGUAUCAGGAUCUGGAAGCCUGCGCUGUAUAAGAAAAGUCGUUCUGUGGAGAAGACCGCCGAGGGUGACAUUCACUCAUCCCCGGGUGGUUAUGUCAGCCCCAUGCUAUUCCUAACCAACCUCAUUUGGUCUUUGUUCUUUGGGUGGUGGCUUGCGCUUGUUUCUCUGACAGCUGCCAUGGCAUGCUUUUUCUUUGCCUACUCGUCCAGUGCUGUGGCAUAUGGAAGAGUAUUUGCGGGGCUUUCGAGAUAUCUGUUCUAUCCGUUCGGCUCAUUCGUUCUUCUACAAACGGAUGAAAUUUAUGCCGAAGAAGACGAAGGCGAGGGCCGCAGUAUUAGUGAAUACGAACAAUGGCAGAGUGGUGAUCUGGAACAUGGUCGUCUAUUCUUCGGACCUCGCAGGGACCGAUCACUAGUUGGCAGAAGAAGGAACAGCGUUGAUUCAGCUGGUGAGCAAGACAGCUUACUCGGGCGGCCCCAACGUGGACAGCGCGAAGACUCUGGACUCAAUCACUCCAAACGUCGUCUUUUCGGACGUGGCGAAUGGACAUUGGGCCGGGUUGUAUUCUUCGUGUUUUUCUACUUUUUGGUCGGACCUCUCAUGCUUAUGGUGUCGCUCAUUUGCUGGCUCUUGGUUUUCUGGAUCCCCAUGGGCCGUGUCACAAUUACGCUUGUGAGCCAUCUACGUAGACAUCCUCUGGCAUUGUCCUUUCAUUCCGAUUCUACAUAUGCCAGGUCAAGCACCGCUGGAUCUCCAUCGUCCAUUCUUCUUUGCACCUACCGAGCUGCGGGAACAAGGUACUGGAAGUAUACAGUCGACGGCACGAACAUUUUCCUGAUCAACCUCCUUGGGGUGGUUAUAUUUGUGAUUGCUGACUACUUUAUUUUGGCCGGAAUGCUGGGGAUGAAAAACUGGCUUACCCAUCCAGGGUUGAUCUUCACGCUCGCUUUGCUGUCCAUCAUCCCUCUGGCUUAUUUCAUUGGACAAGCCGUUGCCUCGAUCUCAGCUCAGUCCUCAAUGGGCUUGGGUGCUGCCAUUAACGCAUUCUUCUCGACAAUCGUUGAGGUAUACCUCUAUUGUGUAGCUUUGACCGAGGGCAAAUCUCAGCUUGUCGAGGGAAGUAUUAUCGGCAGUAUAUUUGUCGGUAUCUUGUUUCUCCCCGGUUUGUCCAUGUGCUUCGGUGCUUUCGCGCGCAAGACCCAACGGUUCAAUGUGAGAUCAGCUGGUGUGACAUCUACAAUGCUACUGUUCGCGGUGGUUGCUGCUUUCGGCCCCACACUCUUCUAUCAAGUUUAUGGCAGCCAUGAACUAAAUUGUCAUUCUUGUGUGGAUUCCCUCGACCCGGAAAGCCGAGACUGUCGUCGCUGUUAUUUCUCGCAAACGGCGGCUGUCAAUGACACAUUCUUCCAAAAGGCGGUGCAGCCUUAUGCGUGGAUUGCCGCAUUUUGCUUGUUCUUAGCGUACGCCAUUGGCCUAUGGUUCACUUUGAGGACCCAUGCGGCCCUCAUCUGGGCAUCAGAGGUGGAGGAUAAGAAGCAUGCUCAGUCCCACGCUCAAGGUCUUCAAGAUUCGUUCACUUUCGAACCAAAUGAAUCAGGACACCUUCUGUUCCCAAAUGGCCAACCAGAAGCCUCCGGUGCGGCUCCUGGAUCCAAAGACUCGAUCCGCGAAUCUCAGCUGUAUAAACGAAUCUUGGGCCAAUCGUUGAAACAGAUUGGCUUGGAUGACAGUCGCCCGUCUGAUCAGGUUGCAGGCGACAACACCACCGAGUCCACAAACAAUACCCCAUAUCUGGUGCCACCCCGUUCUAGCGGCGAAGACGGUUGCCCUGUGCCCAAGGCUCUCCGUGGUCUCAACAAUGAAGACAACGAACGCCUAAUGCGCCAGUUCACCGAAGUUGCGGCUACUGCUGCUGCUGUAGCUGCUCGGGAUGCAACUCGCAGCCGCAAGCCUACCCAGCACCACCAACACCAGUCUGCUAGUCGUCAGGCCAGCCGUCCUGCUGCUGACCAUUCGCGGGUUCUUGGUGAGGAAGUGGAGGAUCUUGGCAUUGCUCCAGCGCCCUCUUCUGGAGGACAUGACGCACCUAAUUGGAGCAAGAGCAAGAGUUCUAUCGUACUUCUUGGGGCAACCCUUCUCUACGCAGUGAUUGCUGAGAUCCUUGUCAACACUGUCGAUGUUGUGUUGGAGAGUGUGGAUAUUGAUGAGAAAUUCCUUGGAAUCACCCUUUUCGCCUUGGUUCCGAACACCACUGAAUUUCUGAAUGCCAUCUCUUUUGCGAUGCAUGGUAACAUCGCCUUGUCCAUGGAAAUCGGAUCUGCCUACGCAUUGCAGGUUUGUUUGCUACAAGUGCCCGCUGUAGUUCUCUUCAGUGCGCUCUACGGUCGUGGGCUGGAUCCAGCUGAACUUGUCAGCCACUCAUUCAACUUGAUAUUCCCUCAAUGGGACAUGAUUACCGUUAUUCUUUGUGUAUUCCUAUUGUCUUAUGUAUACGGCGAAGGAAAGAGUAAUUAUUUCAAGGGAUCCAUCCUUGUUCUUUGCUACUUCGUCGUCAUUCUCGGCUUCUAUAUGUCGGGCUACGUUAAUAUGGACAGUAUGGGCGUGGAUCGCUUUGAUACCCUGGCUGUUGGCAGUACAAGCCGUACUGAAAAAUUCUACACUAUUGGUCGAACAAGAGGAGGAGAAGCUUACUGA